CUGACCGGGUGGCUUCGUGUGUGUGACAUACUGGGCUGGAGAGAGAGAGAGAGAGAGAGAGCAGAGCAGUCGCACCUUUCAAAGCUCUGAACAAUGAAACGCUCCGCUCCCUCCUUCACUUCUCUCUACACGGACCAGCAGUAGGAGCUCCACUCUGGAGGGAGAAUUAAGAAAUAAGUUAAUAUUCGGCCUUGUAUCCAGAGAUCCAGCAGGACUGCCCUCGGUCAGCCUUCACCGCGAGCGGUCGGUCCGAGUGGUCGCGAGGCACCGGAGGAUGAAAGUAAACCAGGAGAAGUAAAACGAUGUGAACAGUGACUGGAAUGCAGGAUUAUCAUCUGAGCUCGAGUGGAAGGAGAAAAAAAAUCAGACUAUAAGAUUACACAUUUCCUGAUCUAUGCAGCCCUACAAUGCCUUUGAGGUUACAAUGUCUUCGCUAAAGCACGUCAUUCUGCAGGAUAAGGACAGGGACAAUGAAAAGAAGCUGGACUGGAGCUACAUUGAAUGGGCUGAAAAUGAAGUUGUCACAACAGGUGUGGUGGAUGCUGAGACGCAAACGGACUCGCCAUCUUUUGAGCACAAAGAGAGCCAGACCAGUAACCCAGUCAUAAUGCACAUAGAUCUCAAACGGACACACUCCAAACUGAGACAUUUAUCUUUCGUAAACCCAGACAACUCGGCUGCACCUUUCUUUCAGUUUGACCGCCAGGCUCCUGGACGUAUCUCCACAUCUCCCACCUUGAGGAGGAUGAGGAGCACCCGACGUCCUCAAAUAGAUUUUAGAGAGCCUCAAAGGAUGGGGAGCACUCAGGAGGAGCCAUCAUCUGCAAGCACAGGAUCCCCCAUAAGUCCCCUGUCACCAGGACACAGAGUAAAUUCUCCUCUUGCGGCGAGCCCGCUCUCUGACGGUGAGGCCGAUCAUCAGCCAGUGUCAUCCUCAGGCCAACAGCGAAGCAGAUCGCAUAGAUCAAAGACUUUUGACAACAGUAUCACUUCUGUGGAACAAGAAUGUCACAGUGCUCAUCCUUUUCUUAUUAAAGACAAUGGAUUUCCUGAAGAUGAAGUUCAGGAGAAGGAACCCUGCCAUGAUAGGCUUUAUCAGAGGAGACGGAGCUCCGUCGUCGUGAGUUUGCCCGGCUUGGAUGUUUCUCCAGGAGAUCUUUUCGUGUCCAAUGGAGCAGCUGACUUACUAAAUGACUCAAACUUCACAGAUACCAAGAAGUCAAAGUGGCCUUUUUCGAGGCGUAGUACGAGUAAAGGGAAGCCGCAGACAUGCACAGUGUCAGAUAUUGAGAAAUAUCUCUCAACUGCUCAGAUUCAAGACUGGAGAAACUCUGAGCUUCAGAGAUAUAAGGACUACUCUCUGGCUGAGUUCCUGCAAGACCAGUCUUCCCAGGUCAGUGCUUCCUCUGACCCUCAGGGCUUCAAGAGACAAGAGACCAUCUGGGAGCUCUUCACCAGCGAGUGUGUUUACUUCGUGGAUCAGCUCAUGGUUCUCAAAGAGGUGUUUUCGGCUACGCUCACAAACCUGCAGCUGACGAACUGCCUGACAGAUAUUGACUCAUGGAGGCUGUUUGCGAAUCUCAAUGAGCUUUGCCUGGUGAGCUCAGGUUUCCUAAAGAGCUUCCUCCGCGUUAUCAAGAACAUGUUGGAGAUUACUGAGGGUGGCAGGCCCACCCUGCUGGAUCUGCUGGGGAAGGCUUUCCAGGAGAGCAUAUGCCACUGCCUGCAGACGUACUGCCUCAACUACUCCACGGCUCUUCUGUAUCUGGACAGUCUGAAGCCCAGAGAGGACUUUGGGACUUACGUGAAGUGGUGUGAGAGGAGCGAGCAGUGCCGAAGGCUUCACCUGCGCGACUUGCUGGUGGCGCCGCUGCAGAGGCUAACUCGAUACCCGCUGCUGUUGCGGAAUAUUGCAAAGAGAUGUCAGAAGGAGGACGAAACCCGCGGGCUGGAACUUAUAGCAGAACAAGUGGACAAAUCGAUAUGUGAUUUAGAAGGAAAGGUCAAAUGGCUGGAUAACUACCAGAAAGUGAAACAGUUGAGAGAUGCCCUGGUUUGGCUGCCUGUAUGGGAGAGGGACAAGCGUGCGUUCAUCCCUGAGAAUCUGAAACAUCUUCUGAAGGCUGUCACACUGGAUAAUCUGAUUUCUCACAGGAGUCUGCUGCACGAAGGGAAACUCGUCCUCAUAGAGAAUGCAAAACUCAUAGAUGUCUAUAUGUUCCUCUUUGAUGAAUUCUUGCUGAUUACAAAGAUAAAGAGAAACAAGAAGAGGUCCAUAGGUCCAGAGCAGAAUCCUCUGAAAAACCUGGAGCUGGAUCAGAUGCUGAAGGAGGGAUGCACCUUCACGGUUCUCGACCAGCCAAUCUCUCUGGAUCGACUCCAACUUAGAAACAUCGAUCAACUUAAUGCCUCCUCAUCGGGGUUGCCUCAUUCUUUCAUAGUAAUGCACCAGAACCGCUACCAACAGUGUAUUGGUGCAUUCAUCCUGCAAGCUGCGUCAGAGGCUGUCAAGAGAGCCUGGAUGUCAAAGAUAGAGGGCGCAGUGACGGCGCUGCUGAAGCAGGACUCUCAGCAGGCGCGAGUAAAGAGCUCCUCACUGUGGCUGGAGUCUUCACAGAUAUGACCCAUCAAGCAGAACUAGAAGCCAUGUGAAAAUGUUUCUACUGUUAAUGUGCACUUCACUGCCCCCUGGUGUCUUGUAAAUGACUGCACUAGCACUAGGAUGAUUUUGUAAACUGUUUGCCUGUGAAGGCAGCUGCUACAGUAGUGUAAAAUAAACAUCUCAUUAUGUAGUAAAA